AUGGAAAAGGUGCACACGGCCAUCGGGGUGGCGGGCAUAGUGGCCAUGUUCUUGGUGGUGACUCGUUCGGUAACGCAGGUGGGCGGCCGGGUGUUGGACCAAUCCCGUGCCCCUAUCUCGGACCUUGUGACCCGGGGUGGUCCAGUGGCUGAUCAGCUGACGGCCGUCGAGGGGGAAACUCCCCUCGUGGAGGGCGAUCGCAUGGAUGGCGCCUGUUCCGUGGUCCAAAGUAUCGGAGGCAAGGCUUGUGCCUUAGUGGGCCCCUUGUUGCCCAAACUGGGAAGCGAUCGAAAGUCCGACGAUCACGCGCCAGAGGAGGAAAAGCCUAAAAAGGAUUCAGAGCCAGCAGCUGCGAAACGGGAAACACCGCCUGCCGCAGAUCCACCGGAAGAGGAGUGAGAUAUCGAAUGGAGGGCUCCCGGCUUAUGAACCCAAAUUUUAGUAGUCUCAAGUAGUCCUUGGACUGAAACUUCACUUAUUUUUGUCGGCUUUGUGUAAUUCGAAACCAACAGAGCUCAUUCAUUUUUAACAGUUCGGACUGAACACAUCUCUCUCGUGAAAUAA